AACGAGCCGUUUUCAGAGGAAUUUGCACUCUACUCAUAUUUCAUGCUUUGCAAGGCAAUAUCAUAUAAGAACAAUGAAUAUUAUAUUGUUCUUACUGGACGAAUUGAUGAGCUGACAAUAUUCUCAUUGUGGUAUAUCUGUCCGCACAUCAUAGGGGGAACUUGCUUAAUAAUUUCUACAGGGGCGAUGUACACCCUCGUGUGACUGGAUGCAGGUCAAACCAUGAGGUCUUUGAUGAUCUUCUAAAAGCACAAGUUUUCAUGGAGAAAAAUGGAGUCAAGCAGCCUAAACUAGUAAUCAAGGAAGGGGCCGGAGAAACUACAUCAUUACUAGGGAAGGAAGGCUUUUACGCAGUUGCUAACAGUAGAAACCCGGGAAUCUACCCCUACUAUCAUGGAAAAACUAAGCCAGAGGUUGAUCAAUUCCCGGGUGCUUGUCAUAAGUACUUUAGAAUAUAUUCCCAGGCAGAAGCUUUUAUUGAAGAUUGGAAAAAUUCCUAUGCUGACGUUUACCGGAGGGAGAUAAAAGCAAAGCUAGAUCAAGGAUUCAGGCCGCCAAAUAUCAAACUGAAGUUCGAUAUCUUGCAAGCAAAUGCUGAAUAUGAUAUAAGUGAAGAUAUUAUAAAGAUGAUCGAGAAGUUGAUUUUUGAAGAGUAAAUAGUGGGAGCAUUUAUUCAAGCAUUUAUCUUGAUUCUUCGCAAUUAAUUUCAGUCACAAGUGAUGUGUGACAGCGAGUUAAAAAUGUUAUAUAAAUUAUUAUCUUGG